AUGCUGGUGCCACGGAAGGGCCUGGAGAGCCCAGGCCUGUGGCUUCCACAGAGGCUUCGGCAGCAACAUGUGGGGCCGGAGUCAUGGCCAUGGUCAAGGCUGGGCCAGGACCACGGAACUCACAGAAGAAACACCAAGGACAAGGAGUGGAUCUCCAUCAACAAGCUGAGCCAACUGGUCGACAUCAUGAAGAUCAAGUCCCUGAAAGAGAUCUCUCUCUUCUCCCUGCCCAUCAAGGAAUCUGAGAUCAUUGACUUUUUCCUAGAGACAUCCCAGGAAGUGAUGAGGUUUGAGGUUUUGAAAAUUAUGCCUGUGCAAAAGCAGACCCAGGCUGGCCAGAGGACCAGGUGCAAGGCAUUUGUUGCCAUUGGAGAGUACAAAGGACACAUAGGUCUGGGUGUUAAGUUCUCUAAGGAGGUAGCCACUGCCUUCCAUGAGGCCAUCGUCCUGGACAAGCUUUCCACCAUCUCAUGUGGAAGCUACUGGGGGAACAAGAUCGGCGAGGCCCACACUAUCCCAUGCAAGGGGACCAGACACUGUGACUCUGUGCGACGCCUUAUCCCCUACACCAGGGGCAGGGGCAUUAUCUCGGCCCCUGUGCCCAAGACGAUACUGAUGAUGGGAGGCAUUGACGACUGCUACCUCUCCACCAGGGGCUACACUGCCACCCUUGGCCAGUUCACCAAGGCCACUUUUGAUGCUAUUCCCAAGACCUACAGCUACUGUGCCCCUGACCUCUGGAAAGAGACGGUAUUCACCAAGUCUCCCUGUCAGGAAUUCACUGACCAGCUUGCGAAGACCCACACCAGAGUCUCUGUGCAGAAGACCCAGGCUCCAGCUGUGGCCACCACAUGGUUUUACACAAGAAAAAUAAAGUGA